AUGUCUGACUUUGUUGGGAUUUCCAAUUUGCCAAAUCAAAGAUAUAAGAUUGUAUCUAAAACCGGUUCAACUUUCACUUUGAUGGUUGCUGGUGAAUCUGGUUUGGGUAAAACUACAUUUAUCAACACCCUUUUCCAAACUAGUCUUAAAAGUCACGUCGACCACAAAGCUAGACAUCAAAAAGGUAUUCGCUCCACCGUUGAAAUCGACAUUGUCAGAGCUGAAUUAGAAGAAAAAGAUUUCAAAAUCAGAUUAAAUAUUAUUGAUACUCCAGGUUUCGGGGAUAAUGUUAACAAUAGAAGAGCUUUCCAACCACUUAUCGACUUCAUUGAUGAUCAACACGAUAGUUACAUGAAGCAGGAACAACAACCAACCAGAUCCGAAAUUAAAGACCUUAGAGUCCAUGCCUGUCUAUAUUUUAUCAGACCAACUGGCCACUCUUUGAAACCUUUAGAUAUCGAAGUGAUGAAGAAAUUGAGCACCAGAGUUAACUUGGUGCCAAUUAUUUCCAAAGCUGACACUUUGUCCCCAAGAGAAAUCAAUGAAUUUAAACAAAGAAUUAGAGCUGUUAUCGAAGCUCAAGAAAUCAAGAUCUACUCACCACCAAUCGAAAUUGAUGAUGAAGCUAGUGCUGAGCACUCUAAGAUUCUUAUCGAAUCUAUUCCUUUUGCUAUUAUUGGUUCUGAAACUAAAGUUCAAAACCCUGAAGGCGAAAUGGUUUUAGGUAGAGAAUACCCAUGGGGUAUUGCUGAAGUUGAAAAUGAACAGCAUAGUGACUUUUUGAAAUUAAGAUCUUUGUUAUUGAGAACCAAUAUGUUGGACUUGAUUUUAUCUACUGAAGAGUUGCAUUAUGAAACCUACAGAGCUUUGAAAUUGGACGCUUCUAAUGGCAACAAGGACGAUUCUAGAUCAAAAUUAACUAAGCGUUUCAACAAUAACCCACAAUUCAAGGAAGAAGAAGAUCAGUUAAAGAAGGUCUUUACUGAUCAAGUCAAGGCCGAAGAAGGAAGAUUCAGAAAAUGGGAACAAAACAUCAUCAAUGAAAGACAGAGAAUGAACUUGGACUUAGAGUCAGUUCAACACCAAAUAAAACAGUUGGAAGAACAAAUCAAGGACUUGAAUAUCAAGAAAGGAUACAAAUAA